AUGGGUAGCUGCGUCAAGCGUGGUUGUCCACUUCUGUUCUUGGUACGUCUUCUCCUGAAUAUCGCUGUUUCGGCGACCAGCUCAAGUCUGCAUGCAUUCACAUCUGUCAACUUCAGUCCACCAUUCAUACAUGAUCUGAUCGUUGGAAAGAAUACAACACUUCAAAUGACUGUUGGCAUUGACCCUCAUCAUGAGUAUUUCAAACAGUUCGCCAAAAAUCGACCAUUGAAAAUUCAACUUAAAUCAAUGGACGAAGAAGUUGUAUCGGUGGUUGACGCUGAGAACGAAUUGGUUUUGGAUCAGUUUCCUUUAACAACUAAUCAAACUUUUCAGACAAAUUUCACGCUCUCCGGUCAUUUCCUCGGAAAGACAGCUGUAAAAGUUCGUCUUUUUACGGCUAAUGAACAAAAUGAUAAUGAAGAUGAAUCAUCAAUGCAGAUAGCAAAUUCCAAAAACAGUCUUGAAGAAGAUGUUUCGAUAGACGUGUGGGUAUCGUACGAGAGGAGUCGUCUCAUUAAUCGCCUUUUCCUUACAACGCUCAUUAUCCUCAUUGUUAUCGCCAAUAUGCUGAUGGGAUGUGAGGUAAUUAUUCUUGAUUUGAAGAUAGUUUUGGAGACAAUAAAGAAGCCUGUUGCUCCAAAUAAAACUGACAAAAUUGUGCAUAUGAAUUUAUUUGAGUUGGCGUAUUGCAUAGCGAAUGUUGUAUUCGUAUCUCGAGGAAUGCACUCGUUUGCACUGGGUCUGUUCGUUACGGGAUGUGCGCCAGGUGGGGGUGCGAGUAACUACUGGACAUUGCUUUUGAACGCGAAUCUGCCAGUCUCAAUCACUAUGACUUUCAUCAGCACACUUUCAGCCGUCGUAAUGAUGCCGUUAUGGAUCUAUUUAUUUGGACAACAUUUCUUACAAGGAUAUGAUUCGGAUACGCGAUUGAAAGUACCGUACUGGAAGAUUGUCAGUUCACUGUUAACGCUUGUUAUACCACUGUUGAUCGGCGUAUGCAUCUCCAAAUGGAAGCCAUGCUUUCGGGAUAAAGCCAGAAAGCUCAUGCGUCCGUUCAUUUUAUUUGUGCUCAUCUUCUUAAUAGUGUUUGGAACUAUUGCAAAUUUUUACAUGGUUCGAUUGAUUACAUGGACAGCACUUCUGGGCGGCUUAUUGCUGCCCUGGUGUGGAUUUGCGUUCGGUUGCAUAACGGCCGUUGUGUUCCGUCAGAAACCGUCGACUGUUGCUGCGAUUGCCAUCGAAACUGGUAUUCAGAAUACCGGAAUUGCUAUUAUGUUACUCAAGUUUUCGUUCCCGGAUCCUGAUGCGGAUAUAAGUUCUCUGAUCCCAGUGAUUGCGGCCAGCUUAACGCCUAUACCGUUGCUAACAGCAGUCGGUAUCCAUGCUCUGAUGCGAUAUAUCAAGAAGAAACAAUCAGGAACGGAUGAAGUUUACGGUGUUAAACAACUCUCAUCCGUGGUUGAUAAUCAGUUGUGUGCAGUUGAGAAAGACGUCGAAGAGGGAAGUCCUCUCGUGGAAAGAGCCAAAUUACCACCCGGUGAAGGAAGUACCUCGGUGAAUCCUUCAGAUAAUUGUGCACCAUUUCACAUUCAGUCUUGA